UUUGAGGGGCUACAAAUCUCUCUCAAUGACUUGAUUCAUUUAGUGGCUUACUCUUCAGAAUGUUCCCGUGAUUUCAACGAACUUUGCAAAGGGAAAGUUGUUGUUGUUGUUUCUCAAGAGUUUUUCCCAGAAUCACAGUAACCAAUAAAAAUAGCUCCUCUAUGUUUUGAUAACAAUAUUUUUCUCUCUGAUUACAGAACUCUAAUGACACAUUUCCAAGAGCAAUGCAUAUAGCAGCAGCAAUGGAGGUGCAUGAGUGUCUGUUACCAGGACUAAGAAAGCUUCAUGGUGCACUUCAGGCUAAGAGCACAGAUUUCAAGGAUCUUGUUAAGAUUGGUAGAACACAUACGCAAUGCACCAAAAAAAUUUGAAGCCCUUGCAGCUCAUGAUGCCAUGGUAGAUCUUCAUGGAGUACUAAAUGUGAUUGCUUGUAGUUUGAUGAAGAUUGCAAAUGAUAUCAGGUUUUUAGGCUCAGGUCCUCGCUGUGGAUUGGGUGAGCUGAUGCUUCAUGAGAAUGAAUCUGGAAACAGUAUCAUGCCAGGUGAUGCACAGAGCACUUUCCUCUGAUGUCUUGUUAACCCACAAUCAAAGUUAUCACAACAGAAAAUCAGAAGAAAGGAAAAUAUCCUGAAGAACCAAUGAAAACUCAAAGUGAAAACAAGCAAACUUCUUAAACAUAAGAAAGUGGGUGUGGCCAACUUGUAAUUGAUUCAAGUUUGGCAUCUAAUUGGUUAAGUGGCACAGGUUAUCUAGAUCAAUUACUGAGGGAAGUAAUCUAAAACCAAUACAAUCCUGGCUUGCAUUUGACACUCCUCGAAAAUUGAGUAUUGAAUGUAAUAAGAACUUGUUUACAAGUUUCCUGUUUUGUAUAACUAGGCAAGGUAACCCAACGUAGUGUGAAGCCAUCACUAUGGUCACAGCUCAAGUCAUGGGCAAUCAAAUGACUAUGUCAGUUGGUGGAAGUAAUGGUCAUUUUGAAUUGAACAUCUUUAAGCCAAUGAUAAUCAGAAAUGUUCGGCAGUCAACACAGCUGAUGGGAGAUGCCUGU